AUGUCGUCCACCAGCAACGCCUCCAUUGACAAGUUCAACGGAGACAAUUACGCAACGUGGAGCCGGUACAUGCGCGGUGUGUUUUUGACGAAGUCCGUCUGGCACGUCGUCAACCGUGAAGUGACUCCGACUUUCACCGACCCGCGAGCGUCCGAUGACUACGUCAAGGCAAGCAACGUCGCGUUUGGUAUGAUGCUGCUGCACAUGAACGCGGACUACUAUCAUGUGCUGGACAACUGCGAGGAAGCCUGGGUUGCGUGGACAAGUCUGAAGACGCUGUACGGUGGGUCGCAGAAGGCAGGACGCAUCUACCUCAAGCGACAACUUUUCAGUAUCAAGAUGGCUGAAGGCGCGAACGUCAUGCAUCACUGCAACGAGGUCCUCAACAUCUUUGCCAAGCUUAGCGGCAUCGGUGCGAAGAUGGAAGACGAAGACGUUGCAAUUUGUCUGCUACUCAGUCUUCCGAAGAGCUACGAAAAUGUGGUACUCAACAUGGAAAUGAGCAGCACCGAGCUUCGCACUCAAGAUGUGGUGAGAGUCCUGACGAAUGAGCAUGCCAAGCGUCAAGGAGAAAAAGGGACAACGACAGCGACUACGGUGAAGGCUGAAGAUGCAAGCAAGGCAUUCAGCGCCGAGCGUGAGCCCUACCAAUGCACGUAUUGUGGCAAGCCCGACGCGGCGGCAAUGGUCGUGGACGCGGGGGCUAACAAUGUCCAGUGGGGACAUCAUGAUGAAGGCAAUGGCUACGAUCGAGUGGCGUUUGCAGUCUCGUUCGAAUGUGGAGUUUCGACGAGCAAGGACGUGUCUGGAAUGUGGGCCGUCGACAGUGGUGCAACGCACCACAUUUGCCACGACAAGACCAAGUUCGCAAGUUUGGCAGAGCGCAAUGAGGGCGAACUCUUGGUGGAUGAUGGCAACAAGGUGGCCAUCAAGGGUGUGGGAACCAUAAUGGAAAAGGUGGUUCUGCCCAACGGUGAAGAGCGUGAGAUCGAAAUCAAGAACGCGCUAUAUGUUCCAAGUAUGAGCAAGAACCUGCUCUCGGUGCCACAGAUUAACAGCCAUGGCAAGUUUCAAGUCGUGUUUGACGGGUCCAAGAUGUAUGUGACUCUCAAGAACUCACAGCAAGUGGUGGCGACAGCGGAUCUCGUGGAUGGACUCUACUGGCUUCGGACGACUCAACGAUCAGCGAAUGUGACAACAAGUGGAACCAGUUGUGCCGAUCUACAUGCGAGAAUGGGUCAUGCUCCAGUCGACGUGCUUCACAAGAUGGUCUCCAAAAACAUGAUCAAAGAUGUGGGAGUACCUCUCAAGUCAAGUGGAUCAGGUACAUGUCGAGGGUCAGCAAAAGAAAAUGGUCCAAAACCAUUUCCAAACAACCAUGGCCACGAAUACGUUUGA